AUGCCAAAGGAUGUCACAAGCAGUGUAAAAAUACAGGCGACUAAACGAAUAAUAUCAGAACAAGGCUCGCCUCACACCAUCUUUUCGGACAAUGGCCCACAAUUUGCCUCCCAGCAGUAUAAGCAAUUUUGCAAAGACUGGAAAAUAGUGCACAAAACAAGCUCAACGCACUACCCAAGAUUGAAUGGCUUUGUUAAGAGGAUGAUCCAGACCAUCAAAUCAACGAUUACUGAAGUGCAACACGUCUGGUUCAGACCCAGACAUGGCAUUGUGUCUGCACGCAACCCCAUUUAUGCAAAAUUACCAAGCCCGGGAGAAUUGUUGUACAGAAGACGUCUACAAACAAACCUGCCUGUCAUAAUAAAAUCAGAUGACCCACAAAGAUAA